GUUUAACAACGCAACCCAUGAAGGUCACACACACCUACCAGAAGUACAAACCAGAAGCUACUUGUGGGAUUAUCGCUAGCGAUUCCUGCAAAGUCAGUUAUGUGCCGGGCAAAAACCGAAGAAAUGGGGAAUACUGUUUAUGUGGCGCAGGUGAAUUAGCAAUUGUGUGGAAGCCUAGAACUUCAGAAAAAGUUCAUAUCUUUUCCAGGGAAUCAGGAUUCUUCCCUGUAACUUGUCUCAAGGCUUCUGGAACAUCAGAGGUGGAUUAUAGAGUGGCCGUUGGCUAUGCGGACGGAGCUGUUAAUAUUUUUAAUAUGAAAUCUGGUGAUAUUGAAGUUCACUUCCGUGCUGGUCGCACCAGGGUAACAUCUAUGGACCUACAAAAUGACUUGCUUGUCUCUGCUGCGGACUCAGAAAUUAAUCUCUUUGACGUUGUUUCGGGCACUGGUACACGAAUGAAAGGACACCAUGGGAUUAUCACUCGUCUUAAAAUAUUAGUUGAUAGAAAAAUGCUUAUAUCUAGUGCACAAGAUAGUUUUAUCAAAUUUUGGGACUUGAAGACUCAACAUUGUUUCGCUACAUUGACGGGACACCCAGGACCUGUGUGGGAUUUCGCACUUGCUCGUCGUGAUGAGUUACUCGUUAGUGGAACUAAUGACCAUAAUUUGAGGGUGUGGCAUAUAAAUUAUGUGGAACCUGUAACUGCAAAUGAUUUAUGUGAAAAACAGACUGACAAGACUAUUGCAGAUCGUAACGAAACGAUAACUCCAUUAAACGAAACCCAAUUUCAAAUCAGUGCACAAUUUUUGGGUUGUGUCCAGCGUUCUGGUGUACGCCGUGUUCAUUGUUUGGCUUUUGACCCUACUGGAACUUACCUCUUAUGUCAGUCUUUCGAUCGAUGUCUUGAAAUUUUUCGACUUCUAGAUGAAGACGCAAAGGUGAAAAGAUUACGCAAAAAGACUAAAAAAGCCAAAGACAAAGGAUUACCAUCAUCUAAUAUUACUCUGGGUGCUGAGGAUGAACUGCUUCCUAUCCUAAGAAUUUUCCUUUCCGCCAAACCCAGUAGCUGUGAUAUUUUGGCACCUCAACUGGUGACUGAUCACGACUCACAGAAGCAUCUUCUUCGUUUUAUCUGCUCCCUAAAAAAUAAUAUGCUGGAGGAAAUACAACUCUCAAUUCCUUUAUGUCCGUUCAAAUUACAAACUUUACAACUGACAUCCACAUUAACUAAGAAUUGUCCAAAUGCUCGCCUGUUGAAUACUGUUUCAAUCUUUGGACACAGAAGUUCAGUAAUUGCUUGCAGUCUUACCAGUGAUAAUCUCGGCAUCUUUACACUAUCGAAAACCGAAGCAAAGCUGUGGAGUAGACGGUCAACUGCAUGUCUAGCAACAUUAGAAUGGAAAAAUCAGUCGCGUUCCAACUAUGAUACAUCUGAUGAAGUAUCUGCGAACAAAUCACUACCAUCUAAAGCAUCAUCGAUGGUACUUGCCCAGGAGAUCGUCAUGUUGUCAUUGGUUUUGAGGUUUAUUGCGGUAACUGAGUUUACAGUCAUUUCUGACUCUCAUCAUAUUCAUCACUGCUUAGAUGGUAAGCAGAAAAAAACCGGUCACUUACUUUUAUUCGAUCUUACCUCCAAGUCAAUCGUCCAGAGUAUUGAUGAUGCUCAUAAUGGUGCUGUACGAACCUUAGCUAUAACAGGAGAUAAGAAAGGAAUUAUAUCUGGUGGUUCUGAUAAACAAGUACGGUUCUAUGAUUUUCACCUAAAAACUGCUGAUAACGGCAAGCCAACUCUCUGUCUUGUUGAGAGUAAUCCAGUGAAAACUGUUUCCGAUCAGAUCAGUUGUAUGUCCGUCUCACCGAAUAAUCGACUAGUGGUUGUUGCACUGAUGAAUUUUCAUGUGGAUGUGUUUUUUACUGAUUCAUUCAAGCGUAUACACUCACUAUAUGGUCAUUCUGCUCCAGUAGUUAGCUUGGAUAUUUCUGCUGAUAGCCGUUUAAUCAUUACAGGAAGUAGUGAUAAGACUGUUCGUUUGUGGGAAUUGCAGUUCGGUAAUUGUCAACGACGAUUUACCUCACAUUUGGAACCCGUAACUUGUGUUCGGUUUAUUCCGCACACUUCUUUGGCUGUUUCCUGUGAUCAAGGUGGACAAAUUAAACAAUGGGAUAUAAAGAAGUUCCGCGAAAUCACCACCCUCAAAGGUCAUACUGGCUCUGUAACCUGUUUGGCUACGGGAAUUAGAAAUACCGCACUUUUGACACGUAAAGAUACACCGAAACUGCAGCUAUCCCGCAAGUCACGUUCUAAAGGUCGUCAAGAAGAAGAAGAGGAGAUGGAUGAUGAAAUGGAUGAAUUAUGGGGUGGUAUCAUCGUAUCUGUUGGUCAAGACUUCAGCAUACGAAUAUGGGAGGAGGCCGAUGAAUUAUUGAUUUUAGAAGAAGAGGAACAAAUCGCACGAGAGCAAGAAGAAGAAGAAGAGGAGUUGGUCCGAUCUGAAGCAGUUAUUCCAGGAGCAAUGCCUGCAGAAGCUAGUGAGAUAGGUCCAUUAGGUCGACCAACUGGCGACACAAGAGAUGCAGCUGAUAUGUUCAUGGAAGCCAUAGAUAUUUAUGAAGAAGAAAUGGAGAAACGGAAAAGUGGAGCAAAAAACAUUGCACCACAUCCAUUAAUGGUUGCAAAAGGCACUGACUGUCCGGAAAAAUUCCUUCUGAAAAGCCUGAUGGCUUUAAGAGCACCAUAUUCUCGCUUGGGAGGUGGUGGUGCAGGUUUAGAACACACUCUGGGGGCUAUUACAAGUGAUCAUGCUCGUCGACUUCUUCCUAAAUUAGCUGAUUGGCUAUCUCGUGGUUGGGAGGUUGAACUUGUCGGCCGUGCAAUUCGUCACUUGGUGACACUACACUUUGGUCUUGUAAUGUCAUGUACAGAGUUACGCGAUGUAAUCCGUCAGUCCUCCAAAGCUCGAAUGGAUCAGUUAGUUCGUGCUAAGAAUCUUGUUGGCAUGAAUUUAGCAGGUUUAGAAUGCUUGACAAGGAAAUUACAAGAGGCUCAACAGAUUGAUCUGUUUGAUGAACUGAUAACAGCUCGAGACAAAAGAGUUAGAAAGCACAAAGCUAAACAGGCUCGUCUAGCGCCAUUACUUCCAGACUAAUUUGUAUCUGAAUACAUGCAUAUAUGUAAAUAAAAAAAUUGUUUUG